CAAUUAAUGAGUUUAAUAAAAUGAAAAAGACGGCAACUAAGUUUCUGAUAUACGUUGCUAUUAUAAGCAUAUUGCUUACUUCCAUGUUAGUGAUGCACAACAUUCAAAUAAGCAAAAUAAUCGGAGUGAAAUUGCCGAAUAUUGAAAAAAGCGUUUUUUUGUCGAAAUCUCGAGUUAAAACCAGCACAAAGGAAGAAGCACAAACAGAGGCAAUUGUAAAAAAUGAUUGCGUACCAUCGCGAUCUCUAGUUUAUGUAAAAACGCACAAAACGGGGAGUAGUACACUGAGGGCAAUACUCGCGAGACACAAAAGAAGAUAUGAACUCAGUAAUCAGACACAAGUUAUGACAUUCCCAGCACCAUUUUUCGGUGGAUAUCCAGGAAGAUUUCUUCAGAAUUUGACAGUUAUUCCUUCUUCAAAUCUAUCAAAAAUUGAUGUGCCGCCAGAUUACUUACUUGGCCAUUUUCGCUUCGAUGAGGAAGAAGUUCGGUCGUUAAUGAAUCCAAAUGCUAAAUACAUUACAAUUCUUCGAAACCCGCUUAAAGCAUUCGAGUCCUCGUUUCACUACUAUUACGGAAAGCAUACUGAAAAAUCUGUGAAAAAUUUACAGGCGGUGACGUGUCAUCCUGAACCAUACCUACAAGUUGCGAAGAAGUAUGAAGUUAGUUAUCCUGACUACCUAGCGAUGGCAGAAAAUUCCUUGCACGAAUCGAUUGCCUGGUAUUUCAGAAGCCGCAAUUACCAAUCAUUUGAUCUCGGACUUGAUCCUACAAUCAACGGAAAAGAUUAUGUUCUCAGCAUGGCAAAGAAGUUGGAUGCCGUUUUUGACUUGGUUCUCAUCACAGAUCAUCUCCUGGAGUCCUUGAUACUGAUGAAGGAAGUAUUAUGUAUGUCAUGGGAAGACAUUGUUCCACCAACAAGGAAUAAAGGAACUUACGAAUCACAUACUUAUUCUGUCAAAGAAAAACAGAUUGCCAGCAGACUCAAUAAUCAGGAUCUCGUUUUGUACGACUAUUUCAAUGCUACGCUAUGGAAAAAGAUUGAUUCUUACGGUAGGAAACGGAUGGAAGACGACGUGAAUACACUGAAAGAAUAUAUAAAACAAGCUAAUACGCGCAAAGAUGAUAACAAGAAAAAGCGACACAGAAGAAGCACUCAAACUAUCAAUAAGAAUGAACAAGAUGCAAAUAAGAGACAUUAUGCAACUGCUACAGACGCUUUAAUAUCAUCAAUACUUAAGAAAAGGGGACACAAUUCGGUUAAUAUAAAUAAGAUUCGGGAAAUUGCUAUUCACAUGUCAAAGAAUUCAGGAUGGUGCCCGCCUAGCCCAGGUCGAUUAUCGUUGGAUUAGAAAUAUCUAUCUAUCUAUCUAUAGGCUACGUAAGCAUCUCAUUUAAUCACUCUCAGGCGACUUGAAAGUUCAAAUAUAUAUAUAUAUAUAUAUGUGUGUGUGUGUAAUUGUCGUUUACCGUUUUCAGUAACUAAUUUAUUCUGACA